GCCGUAUCCCAGAAUCCCUCAAUCAAGAUGGUAGCCUCCUGGAGCUGAAGAGGCACAUGUUUGUACGGGUGUCGGAUACAUCGUUUUUUGCAAGAUCUCUUGCUUAGUUUACCGUCAUCGUCUCCCAAAAUACCUUCUUUGUUGUUGUUUAAAUUGUCGAACACAUGAAGACCAAAUCGUCAGCUCAUAAGACUGAGAACACGCAUCGGUUCCUCACUUUUUCAGAACGUUUAAGCAAUGUAAACAUUGACAUUAUACAUCGCAUUGAUAGAACAGGAAGCUAUGCUGAGGAGGUUGACACCUAUUUCCAUGAAGGACUUGAGAAAUGGAGAGAGCUGAAUCUGACAUGGCAUUUUGUGACAUUCUACAGACAGGUAGUCAACAAAUGCCAGUCUUUCAAUCAAAUAGUAUACUAUCAGAAUAAUAUUGUAAAAAGCUUGAAAACCCACCUGCAAGUGAAAAACAGUCUUGCAUUUCAACCCCUUUUGGAUUUGGUGGUUCAGCUGGCCCGUGAUCUUCAGACAGAUUUUUAUCCACAUUUUCAAGAUUUUUUUCUCUGCAUUACAAGUCUGUUAGAAACUCAGGACACAGAGUUGUUAGAAUGGGCCUUUACAUCACUUUCCUACCUAUACAAAUACUUAUGGAGGCUUAUGGUGAAGGACAUGACCAACAUUUACGGAUUGUACAGUACCCUUCUGGCUCAUCGCAAACAGCACAUCAGAAACUUUGCAGCAGAAAGCUUCACCUUCCUGAUGAGGAAGGUUUCUGACAAAAAUGCCCUUUUAAACCUUAUGUUCCUUGAUUUGGGAGAGCAUCCAGAGAAAGUGGAAGGUGUGGGACAAUUAAUUUUUGAGAUGUGCAAAGGGGUUAGAAACAUGUUCCAUUCCUGUGCAGAAAAGGCCAUACUGUUAAUUUUGAAGAAGAUGGGACCAGUUACAGAAACAGAGGUUAUACUCCCUUGGGUUUCCAUUGGAGAAGUUUGCAAACAUAUGGCACAAUCAGCUGCUAGAUUCAUCUAUAGGGAACAUUUUGAUAUCUUUUUCAAAUGUUUGCAGGAAUCAGUUUUUACGUUGCAAGAAAAGGUAACCAAGGACAACUGUUGUGAAGCUUCUGAACAAAUGGAAAGAUUAUUGCAGGUCUACUUAAUCAUAGUAGAGUAUGCAUAUGGCUCAAAAAUUUCACAACCUGAAGAAGUUUGUACGACUUUAACAAAAAUAAUAGAUACAUCUGAUCUCACAGUGCCUUGUUGUGAUUCCCUGCUUAAAGUUAUUUCUGUUUUGCUUCUUCAUGAGAAUAUCUUAUUGUCUGAUUCUGUGGUGAAAGAAAUUGUUGAAAAGGUUUUCAGAGGCGGAUUUGAAUGGUAUUCUGUUUUGAAUUUUUCUAAAGCGAUGUUUCUGAUGAAACAAUUUGAAAAGCAAUUUCUUCCCAGCCUCCUUGAAUACAUUGAGCACUGCAUCUACAGCGAUGAUGCUGUGGUCCAGCAAGUAGCCUUAGCAGUUCUCUCUAGACUUAUCCUAAAGAAAGCAGAACCUCCCUCUGUUGGAUCAAUGGCAUAUGAGAAGUAUCCUCUUGUUUUUGCAGAAUCAGCUAAAGGGCUGAGUAGAAGAUAUUUGAGAAGUAAGAAGAUGGGAGAAAAAGAAGAGAAGACUGUGCUUGAUCAUAUUCUGUCUUGCAUCAGAUUCUCCACAAGCAGAAACACAGCUGAUAUUUCACAAUCCUGGGCAGCCCUUGUAGUUCUUCCACAUAUAAGGCCACUUGUGAAAGAAAAAAUUACACCAGUGUUUACAAGGUUCUCUGAGAGUCUCUUUGCUGGCCUUGACAAAGGAGAUUUCUGCAAAGGAAACUUGUUUGUGGCUUGUCAAGCUGUGAGCACGCUUCUUAGUUUAGUGGAAUCCUUGGAAAUUUUAGAUAUGUUACCAGUGGAACGUGUAAAGACUUUAUUGAUGACAUUUCCCUCAGAACCAUCUGCCUUACUGUUGGCUGAUCUCUAUUUUACAAGAUUAGCAUUGUGUGGUUAUCACGAACACUUGUCUAAAGAGACUCUGAUGGAAUUAUUUUCUAAAUUGCAAUUCAAUAUUUCUUCCAGUGUACCUAAAGUGCGACUGCUAACCAUACGGAUUUUAAGUCGUUUUGAUGACUUGCUUUCAACAGGAACUCAGGAUGUGGGGUUAUUUGGUAUGUUGCUUCAAGCUGAACUUGUGCCAGCAAAUAUCAAUGAUUAUCGUGAGAAGCUGCUCUACCUGAGUAAGCUGAGACAUGAUUUGGUGUGCUCCAUGAUCCCCGAGGGAGCUUUGCAGGAGGUGCCUCUUCGAUAUUUAUUGGGAAUGCUUUAUAUCAACUUUAGUCCACUGUGGGAACCUGUGAUUGAGCUUAUAAGGUCCCAUGCAGAUGAAAUGGAAAACAAACUAUUCUGGAAAGUUUAUUAUGAACAUUUGGAAAAAGCUGUAUCCUAUGCUGAAAAAGAGCUACGUAAUGAGCUAGAAGAAGAACCAAAAACUGUUACGGAUGUUGGAAGUGAGGAAAUCUAUCAGCAUCAUGUCAGAGCUGUGUAUGAUGAGCAAUUGAAAUGUCAGACAUGCUGUUACGAGAGAAUGGAUCAUACAAACUUUAGGUUUCUCCUUUGGAAAGCAAUGUCAAGAUUUGCAUACAGGGUAGAAUCCAGGUCAAGAGAACUUUCUCCACUUCUACUAAGAUUUAUUAACAAUGAGUAUUAUCCUGCUGAUUCACAAAUAGCCCCAGUGCAAGACCUUAGAAAGAAAAGCAGUUGUAGUGAGGAUGUAAAAGAUCUUCCAGAGAAAAUGGAUCUUCAAGACACAACUGAGGAUGAGUCACAUGACUUUGAAGAAGAGAAGCAAACUUCUGAAGGCCAAAUGACUGAAGAGAUGCCAAAAAAGAAAACAAGAAGGGCGGCAACAAAGCAGCUUAUCAGUCACUUACAAGUUUUCACUCAGUUUUCAAAUCCCCGUGCUUUAUAUUUAGAACCCAAAUUGAAUGAAAUAUAUGUUCAGCUGCUGACCCACCAAGACCAAAAUGUACAAAAAGUAGCUCUUGAUUGUAUCAUGACUUACAAGCAUCCACAUCUUCUGCCCUAUAAAGAGAAUUUAUAUCGGCUAUUGGAAGACAAGAGUUUUAAAGAAGAAAUAGUUCAUUUUAGUAUUUCUGAAGAAAGCAGUAUAGUAAAACCAGAGCACCGACCAGAACUUAUUCCUGUUUUGAUGAGGAUUCUGUAUGGACGGAUGAAAAACAAAACUGGAAGCAAAACACAAGGGAAAUCAUCGGCAGGGACCCGUAUGGCUAUUGUUUUGAGAUUCCUGGCAGGCUCUUUGUCUGAAGAGAUAAGGGUGUUUUUGGAUCUGCUCUUUGAGCCUGUGAGACAUUUCAAUAAUGGACAGUGCCACUCUGCAGUGCUUCAAGCUGUGCGAGAUUUGGAUUUAUCUCAAGUCCUCCCGUUAGGCCGUCAGCAUAGCCUUUUCAACAGCUUGGAAGUAGUACUAAAAAACCUGGGACAUCUAAUCAGCCAGAACCUGCCUGAGAUUUUACAGAUUUUACUUUGCAUGACAGCAACAGUAUCACACAUUCUUCAGCAAAGAGAAAAGAUUCAACUCAGAUUUAUCAACCAGCUGAAAAACUUAAGACGCCUUGGACUUAAGCUUAUAGCAGACUUUUUCUCUGACUUUGAAAUGUACAGCUUUAGCGGAGAAGAGAUUGAUGCUGUGUUCUGUGCAGUGGUGUGGCCCCAGAUCACUAGGCUGGCUUCUGAGAGCCAGUAUUCUCCUACUCCUUUACUCAAAAUUAUUCAUAUCUGGAGCAAAAACCCCAGGUAUUUCAUUUUGCUAGCUAAGCAGAAGCCAGGGCAUCCAGAAUAUGACAUAUUAUCAAAUGUAUCUGCCGUGCUCUCAGCCAAGGCUCUGGGAGAGGGAACAGCUAGUACUGUGAUGGAUGUGAUUGACAAUCUUCUCAAUAUUCCUGACUUUGAACCUAAUGACCAGUUUAGCAGCUUGACAGUGACCGACUGCAUCUUUAUUGAAGUUGAAGAAAUAGCGGGAGAUGUUCCUAGUAUGGGGACAAAGCUAGUUCUCCCCCACGUCCCUUCAAUUCUUCAGUAUCUCAACAAAACUAUGAUCAGCGUAGAUAGGAUAAAGAAAAAAAAGUAUAAUGCACAACUCAGCAAAGAACUCAACAUUCUUUCAAAGAUUAGCAAGUUUAUAAAGGAUAAGAACCAGAGUUCUAUUCUGAUUGGCCUCCUGCUCCCUUUCGUUCAACAGACCAACAUUACGCAGGAUACAGAGAUUGACAUUCUGGAGACAGUACAAAAUCUACUGAAACAUUGCUUAACUCCAGCAAGCUUCCUUAAACCUUUGGCAAAGCUGUUUUCUGUUAUUCAGAACAAGUUGUCUCGUCAAGCACUUUGUGGGGUUUUUGAGACAUUAUCUCAUUUGGAAAGUAAUAUAAAAUAUAUCACAGAAACUGUCAAGCUGAAUGCUUUCAGUCCGCACCAUCUUGAUGAGAUCAACUUUGAUGUCCGUUUGUCAGCAUUCCAGGACAUCAUUUCUCAUAUCAAAGGGAUGAACAAAAUAGAUGUCAACUACCUUAUCCCGGUAAUGCAUAACUGUUUCUACACUAUACAGUUAGAGGAAAUGGCUUUAAGUGACAAUGCUGUUCUCUGCUUGACUGCCAUUAUUCAAAGAUUUUCUGAACUUGAGCAUACAGAGGAUGAAUUCAAGGAAAUUAUUCAGCAUACACUUCUAGAUUCUUUGAGAAAAGGGCUAAAGAGCAAGAUUGAGUGCAUUCAACAGGAUUACACAUCAUUGCUAUCAAACUUGAUUCGAGCAUUUUCAGAACAUCCAGAGUUUCAUGACUUGGUCCAGCUGACUGAUUAUCAUGAUCCAGAGAUGGACUUCUUUGAAAAUAUGAAGCAUAUUCAGAUUCACAGAAGGGCACGAGCUCUGAUGAAACUAGCUAAGCAGUUAGUGGAAGGCAAAACCAUACUGAGUUCUAAAACUCUUCAAAAUUAUAUUAUGCCUUAUGCAACCACUACCAUUUUCAAUGAGAAAAUGCUUAAGUAUGAAAACAUGGUAACUGCAUCAGUUGAGAUGGUGGGAGCUGUAUGCAGACAUCUUUCUUGGUCAGCUUAUCUCUACCAUUUGAAACAUUUCAUCCACGUAUUGCAGACUGGACAGAUCAAUCAAAAACUUGGUGUCAGCGUGCUAGUAAUGGUGCUGGAGGCUUUUCAUUUUGACCAUGAAACUCUUGAAAAGCAGCUUUCAAUUAUUGAAAAGGAAGACUCUGUGGAUAUCAAUCCUGAAGUAGAGAAUGAAACCAUGGAGAUAGAACUUAAUGAUGGAGAAGAAGAAGGCCAAAAGACCAGCGAAGAACAGUCCUGUGUCAAUGAACAGAAAGAAUAUGCCGAAUCUAGGUCUGAUCAGCCUGCUAAUGAAGAAGACGAGAAUUUCCAGAAAGUUACAAAACCACCUUCAUUCCUGCCCAGGAAUAAGGAAGAGUUGGAGUGUCUGAUUAAACAUAUUCAGGAAACAGUGACUCGCAAUAUAUUGCCCAAAUUGCACAGGUGUCUUAUUGCAAAGGUGAAAAGAGAUGAACAGCACAAGAUGGUGAAAUCCAAGAUUGUCAAUGAUGAAGAGGUAGUACAAGUGCCAAUAGCUUUUGCAAUGGUCAAGCUAAUGCAAUCCCUUCCUCAGGAUGCUAUGGAGGAGAAUUUGCCAGGAAUUCUUCUGAAAGUCUGCUCUCUUCUGAGGAAUAGAGCACAGGAAAUCCGGGAUGUUGCACGUAACACCUUGAUGAAAAUAAUAGAGGCUUUGGGGCCACAAUACUUGCAAUAUGUCUUAAAAGAGAUGGUGUCAAUCCUUGUCACUGGUUACCAGGUCCAUGUGUUAACUUUCACUGUCCACCUCUUGCUGAAGAGUCUUGCCAACGAGCGACUUAAAGUUGGUGAUUUGGAUCCAUGCAUAGAACUGUUGAUGGAAAUUUUCCACCGUGAAUUGUUUGGGGAAAUUGCUGAAGAAAAAGAAGUAAAAGGCAUCGUUUCCAAAGUUAUGGAAGCUCGUAGAAGCAAAAGUUACGAUUCUUAUGAAAUCCUUGCCAAAUAUGUAGGAAAAAACCAAGUGAUUAAGCUUAUUCUUCCAUUAAAAGAGGUUUUGGAGAAUACAACCAGCCUAAAACUGUCUCGAAAGGUGCAUGAAACGUUACGACGAAUUGUGUCUGGACUGAUAGUGAACAAGGCCAUGACUGCAGAGACUGUUCUUCUGCUCAGCCAUGGUUUGAUUAGUGAAAAUCUACCAUUGCUAACAGAAAAAGCAAAAAUGAAAGCUGCAGUUCCUCCAGAUCCUCGUUUGCAACCAGAGAGUUGCCUCCUUCUGCCACCGACUCCCAUUCGAGGAGGUCAAAAAGCGCCUGUGAGCAGCAAGACUAACAUGCAUGUCUUGGUUGAGUCAGGGCUCCGGCUGCUGCACAUGAGUUUGAAGAGAUCUAAAAUAAAUUCUUCAGAUGAGCAUGUUUUAGAAAUGAUGGAUCCAUUUGUACAACUGCUUAUCAGCUGCCUUCAGUCCACAGAUAUUAAGGUGAUCACUGGUGCUCUCCAAUCAUUUCUCUGGGUUUUAAAGUUUCCUCUACCUGCAAUAGAUAAUAAUUUGGAACAAUUAACGACACAGCUGUUCCUCCUAUUGAAGGAUUUUGCUAAACAAGGCACAGUUAAAGGGCAGAAUUUUCAUUUGGUUGUCAAUUGUUUCAAAUGUGUAAGUCUGCUGGUGAGGAAUACAAAGAGUCAGAUUACAGAUAAACAACUGCAAAUUUUGCUCGGAUAUGCUGAAGAAGAUAUUUAUGACUCAUUACGACAAACCACUGCUUUUGGCCUCUUAAAGGCUAUUUUAUCUAGAAAAUUGAUAGUUCCAGAAAUCGAAGGUGUCAUGCAGAAGGUUGCAGAUUUUGCCGUUACAGGCCAAAGCGAGCAAGUUCGAAUUCAAUGUAGACAGAUUUACCUGAAAUACAUAAUUGAUUAUCCCCUUGGGAAAAAGUUAAAACCCAACCUGGAGUGUAUUCUUGCCCAGCUUAAUUAUGAAUAUGAGACGGGAAGAGAGUCUGCUUUGGAAAUGAUUGCUUAUCUCUUUGAAACGUUCCCUCAGGGCUUAUUGCAUGAGUUUUGUGGCCUAUUCUUUGUCCCAUUAUGUAUGAUGAUAGUAAAUGAUGAUUCAGCAAAGUGCAAGAGGAUGGCGGCACUGGCAAUCAAAAAUCUUCUCAGCAAAAUUAGUUCUGCAAACCGAGACCUGAUGUUUUCCCUGGUUGCUUCGUGGUUUACAAGUAAAAAGAGUGUACAGAAGAGAUUAGCUGCUCAAGCCUGUGGAGCAUUUGUUGAAGCUGAAAAAAUUGAAUUUGAGAAAAGACUUGGAACUAUUCUCCCUGUUAUCGAGAGAGAAAUUCAUCCCUCAAAUUUUGAAGAAGUUAAAGAAGAGACUGACGAAAAGCUGGCAGACAGAUUGCUCUUCAGCUUCCUAACUUUGCUUGUUAAACUAAUCAAUGAGUGCAACAUUAUUCAAUUAAACAAACACCAUGAGAUUCUGAUCAACAUUUGGGGUCAUGUCCAGUCCCAUUUAUGGUACCCACACAGCUGGGUGUGGCUGACUUCUGCUCAGAUUUUUGGCCUGCUGUUUGCUUCUCACAAGCCAGAAGAACUUGUUAAUAAAUGGAGUAAAAGAAAAACAGAAAAGAAACAAGUGACACAUGAGCCAUCAGCAACAAUUUUCUUAAUAGAGGAACUUAGUGAAAAGAUGAAAACACUUGCUUUAGCUUUCUGCCAUCAGCUGAAAUCCAAAUUUCUCAGUGACAGCCUUGGAGAACAGGUUAUAAAGAAUUUACUGUUUGUAUCCAAAGUACUGUAUCUUCUGGCUCCUACUCCAGAAGAUGGCAAAGAGAUUGGUGAGGAUGUGGUUUGGGAAACUGAAGAUCAGGGUGACUUAGGAAGUGAAGAUGAGAAAGAGGUUUCGGGUAUGGAGGCAAAAGAAAAGAGCAGUCCAGCCAGUUUGUUGUGGGUAAUGAAGAAACUCCUAGUCAUGGCAACAAGAGAAGCUGCUCAUUCACCCAAAGAUUCUUUAAAGAGAACCUGCAUCUUUAAGUUUCUUGGUGCUAUUGCAGUUGACCUUGGGAAAGAGAAGGUAAAACCGUAUCUUCCAACAAUCAUAGCCCCUCUAUAUAGAGAACUGAGUAGCACGUAUGCAGAACAAGAUCCAACUCUAAAGAAUCUUUCCCAAGAAAUCAUAGAACUACUGAAGAAAUUAGUUGGAUUGGAGGACUUUUCAAUUUCAUUUGCUUUUGUGCAAAAACAAGCCAGUCAAAGGAGAGCUAAACGAAAGAAACAGAGAGCCCUACAGGCUGUUGCUAAUCCUGAGAUUGCUGCCAGGAGGAAGUUAAAGAGGCAUAAGAAUAAAAUUGAAGCAAAGAAGAGAAAAAUAGAAUUUCUACGGCCUGGUUACAAAGCCAAAAAACAAAGAAGCCAUGCAUUAAAAGAUUUGGCAAUGGUUGAGUAAAACUCUUAUCACAUACCUUUUUAUACAAAACAUUUAAUCUUUUCAUGUUUGCUUAAAAGAGAAGGCAGAAAACAUUUUAUGUGAUUUUAACAAAAUAAGAACAAUAGAUACAACAGCUUUUAUCAACUAAGAAUUUGUAUUUCUAUGGUUUAAAAGGCAAGUAUAUAGCAGAGGCUAUCACAUCAUCGUCUUUUAAAGUUUGAGAUUUGUUUCAGGAAACCAUACUUUUGUUUUCAGAAAGAAAUACCUACAGGGCUUACUAAAUAUUUAUUUAUAAUUUUUAUUCUUUGUAAAUCCUGUUCAACUGGUGGUAAUAUUGAGAAAUCUGUAAAAUCUUCAAUCAUUUCAGUGAGAAAACUUGUGAUUAAGGAUAGUGAGUUCUCAGCCAUUUCAGUUGUCCAGAGAUUAUUGUACAUUAAUGUACAGCUUGUGGUAAAUGUGUUUUUUUAUUAAACUUGAUUAAAACUCUCUA